AGUUUACGAACACAUGUUCUUUGAACAAUUGUCGAAGUUGCGAGAUUACGAAUACGACCCUUGUUGGCUAGGGAUUGUAGCAUCUUGGGCAAGAUCUUGGGAUACGAAAAAAGGCGGAGCCUCCCCAUUCCCACAAUGUUAAGCUCUAAGCUGAUUCUCCUUGAGUGCAGCGUGCAGCGCAGGCUCACGAAUUGCUAGUUUACGAACACAUGUUUACGAAAAACUAUCGCAAGUUGCAAGGGUAAAAAACUGGAAACUGGUAACAUUCCCCAUCCAUAACGCCAGCGCCCAGAGCCCAGACGCGGAGUAAACAAACAAGAAGAGCAAGGAGGGUAAUUUCCUCCAGGAAGAAGAAAAAGACAAAUAUUAGUAGUGUGUGUGAAGAAGAAAAAAGACUGAUACAUAUUUUAUGUAUCAUUCAAAAUGCUAGACGAGUUGAAGGGUUUGGAUUUGCGUUUAGUGAAAAUUGACUUGCAUCGAGGCUUUAAAGAGUGCCUAGAACGUGGUCUUUCUGAAUCUGCCAAAUGGUUGUCUGAGCUGCGGAUGUCUUUGUCAAAAAUAAACAUUGACCCUGCCGAAGUAGAAUCAGAAGCUGCAGUACCACUUGAUGAAAAAGAUCAAUAUGAUUUGGCCAGAACCCUCUUGGAAUUAAGAGAAUAUGAUCGAUGUGCUUAUUUUCUUGCUUCUUCAAAGCAUCCUAAACUUGUUUUUCUUCAUCACUGGGCUAAGUUUCUGGCAAUCGAGAAGCGUCACUUGGAUAAUGUGACAGAAAUCAAUUCGCAAAAUUCACCGUGCUUGCAACAUCUACGAGAUCUCCUGAGCAGCCUCAAUCUCUUAAUUCAUGGCACAGGCUCUAUUCUUGGCAAUAAAUUGGCCUCCCACUCAUCUCAGGAUGGUUAUUUGCUCUAUCUGCACGGAAUUAUCCUCAAGAAGCUCAAAGUACGGCAUCAGGCAGUCGACAGUUUAGUGAAGUCUAUCAACAUGUCCCCAUUGAACUGGGGAGCCUGGUUGGAACUAGCACAAUUAAUCACGGACCGAUGCAUGCUCUCAAACCUUAAGUUGCCCAAUCACUGGAUUAAGUAUUUCUUUAUUGGCUACAUGUACCUUGAACUGCAAAUGAACGAAGAAGCAAUUGAGAUUUACAAUUUCUUGAAGGAAAGUGGAUUUGAAAAGUGUAGCUAUGUUGAUGCACAAAUUGCAAUUGCCUAUCAUAAUAAACGAGAUGUAGAGAUUGCUGUGGAAAUCUUUAGAAAUUUGACCAAUGAUGAUCCGUUCCGCCUUGACAACAUGGACACCUACAGUAAUUUGUUGUAUGUAAAAGAAAUGCGGGCAGAGUUGGCCCACUUGGCACACCAGGUCAGCGAAAUUGACAAAUAUAGAGCAGAAACUUGUGUUGUGAUUGGAAACUUUUACAGUCUCCGAAAUGAACACCAGAAAGCUGUUCAGAGUUUCCAGCGAGCUCUGAGACUGAAGCCCAAUUUCUUGUCAGCAUGGACCUUGAUGGGCCACGAGUAUAUGGAGCUGAAAAACAUAAAUGCAGCCAUGAAAAGCUAUAGACAAGCCAUUGAAGUAAACUGGCUGGACUACAGAGCGUGGUAUGGCCUGGGCCAAACCUAUGAAAUAUUGAAAAUGCCUCAGUUUAGUCAAUACCACUACAAGAGAGCUCAAGCUUUAAGACCUAACGACAGCAGAAUGCUCAUAGCUCUUGGCGAGGCCAAUGAAAAAGUAGACAAGUUCAAGGAUGCCAUGAAGUGUUAUUACAAAGCAAGAAAUGUUGGAGAUAUAGAGAGAACUGCACUUUUAAAAUUAGCAAAGCUGCAUGACACCAUGGGACACAAAGACAAUGCAGCAGAGCUUUAUUUGGAGUUUGCCGCCGAAAGUCAGAGAAUGAUAGCAGUCGAGUGCAGCAGCAAUUUGUCAGGUGGUUCAGACCGAUUGGAAUUGGCCCGAGCAUUCAAGUACUUGGCCAACCACUUCCUCAACCAAGGGGACGUUGAUCAAGCAUGCAUGUACUGCAACAAGUGUUUGGAGUUUGAAGAGACAAAAGAGGAAGGUAAAGCUUUACUGAGAAGCAUUGCAGAGAAGAGGCACAAAGAGGAAAAUGCCAACAUGCAGGUUGAUGUCCAGCUGCCAGAAGAGGUCACUCCUGCGCAUAUGUCUGGAGGGCAUUCUGCAGUUCCGACGCGUCUCGAGAUGUCUGGCCUUUCAAACCUCGAUUCCCCUUGCAUCACACCAUCAUUAAGUGCUGUCACUCCAUGCAACCCUGAUGCCACUACCAGGAGUGACAUGUCCUUGACUGAUAGUGACGAUACUCCAAUGGCGCUUUCCCCUUAAAAAGCUUGGAAAGUUUUUUAUACAAAUAAAAAAUAUCUGUUGUUAGGUAUUUCAGCAGACAAACAAU